AUGCCGCGCACCUACAACUCCGGGCUUGGGACGGCGCUCAGCGCCACCCAUCUCAUCCCAGAAGUCGCCCUUUCUGCCGUGGAGAUCCUCACGUAUUUCCCGUUGCACCUCGCGUGGCCCGCCAUCACCGUGCGCCUGCUGCAGGCGGGAUUUCGGGGCCCUGAUAUGGCCAAGGCCCAACUUCAUGCGCGUGGUAGGCUCACCAGAGCCGAGUUCGAGCGCCGCAAGGCCGCAUUGCGGCAUGGUAUCCUCACCGCCGGCAAGUCCUUCUUCGCCGACACCAACUUCACCCAAACGGGAUAUGCCAACGAUCCCCGUCUCCAAGCGAUUGUCCAAGCCGCCUAUCCCCAUGGCGACUGUAUAGCACACUACAAUGGCGCGGAGAUAACCACGACUAUUGAUGAGAGAAACCUGGCCCCAAAUCUCCAGCAGGUGGCCAACGGGGUGAUCAAUCACCCAACAGGCAACGAUGCGGGAGUCCUGACGCAGGUCAUCCAAUGGGCAGCCGCCGCAGGCCAAUUGGCCAACUACACCACCGACGACGUGCCAAUGCUAGCAGAGCAACUUGCUGGAACUUGGGUCAACGAGCCAGCAGCUGUCCACGGUCCCAACUGGGAUACCACUGGCCUUGCCACGGUGCAAGCUAUUCAGAACCCGCAAGGGAGACUGGGAGUGGACUAG